GUCAGAGUGAGACCUCUCUGCAUGUGUCUCCUCUCUGUCUCCAUCUGUCUGCAUGGCGCUGAUUAUCAGAACUGUUGUAAAACCAUCUCACAGAUUCUGCAGCAGUCUGAUCCUCUUCUUGCUGCUCAAAGGUUGUUUGCAGCUGACCGGCGGCGGUUCCACUCUGAUAGAGGAAGUGAAGCAGCCGGAAAACACUACUGUUCAUCUUUCUCACACUCAGCUACAGGCUCCACGAUGAGUAAGAAGCUGCUGCUUGAUGUGGACUGUGGGGUGGACGACGCUCAGGCCAUCAUGUUGGCGCUGGCCGCCCCCAACGUGGAGGUCCUGGGGGUCACCUGUGUCCAUGGAAACACCACGGUGGAGAAUGUGUGUAAGAACACACUGCGAGUUCUCCAAGCAUGCAAUAAACUCGAGAUUCCAGUGUUUAAAGGAGCAGCGAAGCCGAUCCUGGGGAACAGCCUGAGUGCCGGACACUUCCACGGAGAGGACGGGCUGGGCGAUGCUCCGGACCCCAACGCCCCGGGACUGGACCGUCUGCAGGAGGAGGGCGCCGUGUCCGCCAUGAUCCGGAUCAUCAACCAGAACCCAGGACAGGUGUCUCUGGUUGCCACGGCUCCCCUCACUAACCUGGCUCUGGCUGUGAGGCUGGACCCAUCUCUGCCCAGUAAACUCAGAGCGCUCUACAUCAUGGGAGGCAACACUGAAUCUCGAGGAAACACUACAGUGUGUGCCGAGUUUAAUUUUGCUGCUGAUCCAGAAGCUGCGUACAUCGUUCUGAACGACUACCACUGUCCCCUCUACCUGGCCUGCUGGGAGUUCACCUGCUACAACAAGCUGUCUUGGGUGAAUCCCAUUGAGAUCAUUGAUCUCUUUUUCAAGGACAACCUGCUGCAAGAGUUUUGUGACGCCUGGCUGGCGCAGGACACCGAUAAAGCUCGCUUCAUGGCCCGGAUCUUCCGCCACAGCAUCGAGGCAUCUCAAAGUGAGCGCCUGCAGAAGGAGUUUGUCGCCGGUACAGGUUUCGUUUCCUGUGACUCGUACGCCAUGGCAGCCGCCGUGGACGACUCGUUCAUCACAGAGAGCGACCAUUACCCGGUGAGCGUGGAGCUGACGGGAACACACACCAGAGGCAUGAUGAUAAUGGACACCGUGGGCUUCCUGAAGAAGGAGCGCAAGGCUUUUAUCAUGAAGAAGGUGGAUAUGGAGAAGUUCAAGCAGAUGAUGAUGGCUGCUUUAAAAUAACACCUUUAAACACAAGAUGUCACUUUGUCCGUCCACACAUUUUGGCUAAUUUCUCUAUUUGUGUUUUUAGUAAUAAGGCCAUAUAUUGUAUUUAAACUUCUGCUACUAACUAUAAACUAUGACUUUGUCUUUAGCAGGAAGGAUGUAAUACUAAUGUUGUACCAUGCAAUUUUAACGCUUAAAACGUUUUACAAAUAUAUACAAUUGUGAUUAUUUUGACCGAUAUCCUAAUUUUCAUUGAAAAUAAACAGAAAUAAAUACAGUUUGAAUUUUGCAGCGGUCUGUACAGAAUAAUUAGUUUAUUGUGUCUAAAGAAUAUGACGUGUAAACCAAGACAUCUUUGAAGCACUACAGUAUUGAAAAAUAUAUUUUGAUACACAUUUCCCUCGAUCAAUUAUUGGCUAAAGUGCGAUUUCUGUAACAUUUCCAUUAGUUGUUCAGUCCACUUUCUACCUCAAUUGUAUGACAGUGUUUUCAUAAUGCAUAUACAUGGUAUGUCAGAAGAUGUUUGAUAACAACACAUCAUUAAAAUUUGAAUAAGAACUCUU